AUGAUUUUCUUUCUGUUGCAGUACGGUUGCAGAACUGCUGCUUCUCCGAGUAACACAAACAGUAGCUCUAGUUCAAAUACAGGCUCACAAAGCGGAACGCUGUCAACUAGUCUAUCGAAUAAUGUGUCCAACACGACCACAAAUUCCAAUUCGUCUGAGCAAUUGUCGAAGACUAAUUUAUACAUACGUGGACUUAAUCAAAACACAACCGACAAGGAUUUGGUGUCACUUUGUUCUCAGUACGGAACCAUAAUUUCUACUAAAGCUAUUUUGGAUAAAACUACUAACAAAUGCAAAGGUUACGGGUUUGUUGAUUUCGAGAGCGUUCAAGCUGCCGAGGGGGCCGUGAGGGCCUUACAAUCAAAAGGCAUUCAAGCUCAAAUGGCCAAACAACAAGAACAAGAUCCGACAAAUUUAUACAUUGCUAAUCUUCCAACUCAUUACAAAGAAAAUGACGUGGAUAACAUGUUGGCUCAAUACGGUCAAGUUAUAUCAACAAGAAUUCUUCGAGAUCCAAACGGUCAGAGUAAAGGUGUCGGAUUUGCUAGAAUGGAGUCUAAAGAUAAAUGUGAACAAAUAAUUGAAUUGUUCAACGGACGUUCGGUUCCUGGUUCGAAAGAACCACUGCUAGUUAAAUUUGCCGAUGGCGGUAAUAAAAAACGGACACUUUAUAAAACUGAUCAGAGGGGUUCGUGGAGAGAUCCGGCGGAAGUUGCGGCAGGUACUCCUGUUGCAUUCGAUCCAAAUACCAUGACUCAAAAUGGAGUAGCUACUCAGCAUCUUUUACCCGCUGCUCUUAGUCAGUACGGUCGUCAUUACGGUACAGCUCCUGCCGUUCCUAGUUAUUCUUUACAAGCCACGAGCUGGGUGCCGCAAUUCGUAAUGCCGCAUCCACACAUGGCUCAAGUUGAUGAGCAAUUCACGUGCCAACUUGCCACCCCUGCUAUCCACGGUUAUAAAAAUGAUAAUGCUGCUCGAGGUAUAUCUGUGAUGAUGAGUAGUGACCCGAGUCCGGUACAGUAUGGAACGAUGAUACCUCAAAUAACUGCACACAUGAAUGCACUUCAAAUAGGUACUCCCGGGUCAGCGUACAUAGCAAGCCCACAUCCAUACUCGUAUUACACGACAGGACCUCCACCAUCGACCAUAAUUCAUGCUGUGCCAAUAGCCGAUCCGGAACCUGCUUCGGCCACAGCUUCUCCAGACGAUAAUUAUCAAACUUACCAGCAACCAAAGUAG